CAAAGCCCAACAAAAGUAUUGAUUUGCAAUAACUGUAGGAUUAGCUUAGCGUAGCAUUCCGAUAGAUAAGAGUAGCCGUAGUCAUGGAUUUUACGGGCUUUGAAGUGCGCAAGUGCCCACCGACUGCCAUGUACAUUCCGAACUUUAUCACUUCCGAGGAGGAGCAGCGCAUACUGAGCCACAUCGAGCGGACUCCGAAGCCGCGCUGGUCGCAGUUGCUCAACCGACGGCUGGUCAACUACGGCGGCGUGCCGCAUCCCAACGGGAUGAUUGCCGAGGAGAUUCCCGAGUGGCUGCAGAGCUAUGUAGACAAGGUGAACAACCUUGGGGUGUUCGAGUCGCAGAACGCCAAUCAUGUCCUGGUCAACGAGUAUCUGCCGGGCCAGGGAAUUCUCCCGCACACGGACGGUCCUCUGUUCUACCCCAUCAUCUCGACCAUCUCCUGCGGGGCCCACACUGUGCUGGAGUUUGCCAAGCGGGAGGAUACCUCCCUUGAGGAGGACGCUGGAGCAGAUCAACUUGCCCGCGAGGUUCGCUUCAAGCUGCUCCUUGAGCCGCGGAGCCUGCUCAUCCUGAAGGACACUUUGUACAGCGACUAUCUGCAUGCCAUUGCCGAGACCGGCGAGGAUGUGCUCUGCGACCGCAUCUGCAACUACGAUCUGUGCGAGAACACCUACAAGAUCGGUGAUCACCUGGUGCGUCGAUCCCCACGCAUCUCCCUCACGAUUCGCAACGUGCCCAAGACCAGCAAGAUGAAGCUCAAGUUCUGCUAGGUUCAUUCCGCACAUAGAUGUUGUUUGCCAUUGAUUACAGACAUUACACAGAUGUUGACUAAACGCACGUUAAACGAACCCACUGAAGGGAUCCCUGGGAUCCACGGACUACGAUAACCUGCAACCUGAAUCUUCCGCUAGAUGUUUAAGCACCCGCACUAGCACACUAGCUCACAAGCAAUCAACGUUGGCCCACACAAAAGUGCUUUAUUUAUACCGUUAGCAUUGUGUACAUAUAUAAAAAUGUUUGUAUUACGUAUUACGGAGCAAUAAGUUUGCCUGAUCGGCGAACAGGAUCAAGUUAUAUCCCCCGAGACCGCCUGUCCGCCAGCGGCCUUUAGAUUUAGUUACGCGAGCAAUUGAUGGGAGCAAUCCACGGUCUAGAUUUGUGAAAUAUAUAGUUAACUAUACAGGUAUUCUACAACUGAUAUUGACUAUGAUACGGCUACUGUCUUCUUAGGAAAUCAAAUACAAUUUGAAUGAUUAAGGCAACUCAUAAUCAUGAUCAGUUGAUGGAGUACCUCUUAUAUGUAUGUUGAAUGGAGCGCGCAGCAUACCGAGUACCAUAUUCGUAUGCUCCAUGCUCCGGUCCCCCGCGUCCAAGUGUAUUUUUGUAACCGUUUUUUCCACCGCGCACCGCAGAGCGAAGAGUUGCCAAUAAACGUUACUGUCCACCCA